ACAAUCGACCCUGUGUAAAGACAGGGGUGCUUUACAAUUUCUAAUACGGCAGAAGCCGUCAAAUUGCGCUUAAAUUGUGUAAAAAAUUUGCAAGUAUUGUAAAAACUCUACAAUUCAAUUUGCAUUUCGUUGUGAAAUUGCGCAACUAUUGCAGCGUGACGCAAGCAGCGUGUACAGCGUAGGUAAGAAGAAGCAGCAGCGAGAGAAAGAGACAAGGAAACUCGAAGAUAGCAAAAAGCGAAACGCAAAACGAAAGCGGAGAAGUAGAGGCAGAAACAGAAACAGAACAACAACAAGACAACAAGAUGUCCGGCAUAGCAAUAACACGUUUGGGUGAAGAGCGUAAGGCUUGGCGUAAAGAUCAUCCAUUUGGUUUCGUUGCACGUCCGGCCAAAAACCCCGAUGGCACAUUGAACUUGAUGAUCUGGGAGUGUGCAAUUCCCGGCAAAAAGUCAACACCAUGGGAGGGUGGCUUGUACAAGCUGCGUAUGAUCUUCAAGGAUGAUUAUCCAACGUCGCCGCCAAAAUGCAAAUUUGAACCGCCGCUAUUUCAUCCCAAUGUUUAUCCAUCGGGCACCGUCUGUCUGUCGCUGCUGGAUGAGGAGAAGGACUGGCGUCCGGCCAUUACAAUCAAACAGAUUCUGUUGGGCAUUCAGGAUUUGCUAAACGAGCCCAAUAUUAAGGAUCCAGCACAGGCAGAGGCAUACACUAUCUAUUGUCAGAAUCGCUUGGAGUAUGAGAAGCGUGUUCGUGCUCAGGCACGCGCCAUGGCAGCCACCGAAUAAAGAACCAACAACAACAACAGCAACAGAAAUUAGAGCUGCAAAAACUUGCGAUGUUUUUCGCCCCUUAUACAAAACAUCGAUAUUAUCAAGGACUUAUCGAAGUUCUUGCAGCUCUAACACAAAAAGCGCUUCUCUCUUCACACACACACACACACACACACACACAUAGACAGAAUAACAACAAACAUAAACAACAUAUGGCGCAGACGAUAAAAGUGAUCAUCCACAACAUUUUUAGGAUCGAAGUGUUUUCGUGAAUGCUUCUUCUUCUAAUUACAAAAAAUUUGAAUAAUUCUUAAGUUUACUUAAAAUGAUUUAAAAAAAAAAACAACACAAAAAUCAAAUGUAAAACAAUGAGUAUCCGGAUCACCAAUUAUAAAUUAUAUAUAUAUAUUACAUACAUAUAAAUAACAUACCUUAUAAUUAUAAACUAUAUAGAUUUCGCCUUUGUUUCCAUUUCGAGCACUGUAAGAUUGGCAUACUAUAAUUUCAAUAAAUGUAUAUGUACUCGAAAAAA